ACAACAUUUCACACACUCCUUCUCAGAACCAAUCAUCCUCUAGACCAAAUCCGCCUCCUCCCAAGAAAGCUCAUGUUGUACCAUCGGAAUCUCCUACACAUCCAGCGAACACAGACUCAGAUGACCUCUUUGUUGUAGUUGAUACAAAAAUGGAAUCGGAAUUAGACUCUGACCAAAUGGAAGACCAACUAGAUAAUAACGGACCAGAAUGGGCAUCACGGGAGUGUGACGACGACUGGAGCACAUCUGACAACGGCAUGAUAUCCAUUGUACCCAACUCGACCCGUGAAAUUACCUUUGGCCCCUCUACAUCAGACACGCGAAUGGGAGACAAUGUUGCCGGACCAUCAGGAACACAACCCAAGGCUAACAAUUCAUUUAGCGGUGCAGCAUCUCGAGUGACCAACGUCAUGCACGUCAACGUGCCACGUCAUGCACUUUCAGUGCUAGCAGCAACAUUUCAACUCCCUUCUCGGUCGCGAACAUAG